CAAAUUUUGUCCUGAAAGACAAUAUAAAAAGAGACCCAUUUGUUCUGCAAUAAACUUCAGAUAAGAAUCAGAUUUUACAACUUGCAACUGUUUUCACUCAUGAUGUCCCUGGUAACGUUGUUACAAGAAAACAUAAAACCUAUUUAUUUACAUAAAAUUUCCCUUUUAGCAUUUUUUCUUUAGAUGCAACGGUGCACUUUAAAUUAUUGGUCGCACAGUUUACUGUAAAAAGAACCUUCAUUUAUCAUGUAUAUAGAACUUAUAUUCCAUCUCUGUUAUUAUUAAUCUUUACAUUUGGAACAUUUUGGGUUCCCGGCACAGCUGUCCCAGCUCGUAUGGGAAUGAUUGUUACAAGUUUUCUUGCGAAUGUUUUCAUCUUACAAGCAGUGAGUGAAGAAACAGUAAAAGUUUCCUACACAACACCAAUGCAAAUGUUUCUUGUUGUCAAUAUCACAUUGAUUGUUCUUGCAUUAAUUGAAUAUUUAUUUAUUCUGCAUGGAAAGGAAAAAACAUCACAAACCACUACCAUUUUAAACACAGCUUGUAGCCCGGAAGAACCACACAAGACCUUUAAACUUGACCAAAGUGCAUCUGACAAUGAAAUACAAUCAACUGGGAAUGGAAAGGAGGAGCAUGUCCGUCUCCAUGAAAUGCAAAAGGUUCAUGUCGUGGAUAAAAUGUCACGGAUUCUUUUUCCUCUAACAUACAUCGUUUUCUUCGCAGUUUAUUUUGGAUACUACACUUACGCAAGUUAAAAAGUGAAGUUUUACUGUGGUAAGAUUUGCGAAAUGACAUGACUGGAUUUGUAAAUUGCUUUUUCAACUACUUGCCGAUGAAGCGAUUUGAGCUUCAUGUUGGUUGUGAAAUAAGGCUAGCGCAACAAGAAAAGAAAGGUCGCUUUUGUAGUACGGCCAAAACAUGCACACGAACAAAAGAAAGCUUAAAUGGCGUUUCCCAUAAAGACAUUAUACUUUGGCUUAUUUAUAGUAUUAACGUCUAGUUUAUGCAUAAAAUUUCAUUUGCUAAAUUCACAUUAGGAAGUACUUUUACACACAACACCCAGCA